ACCCCAACACCAACAAAAAUGUCCACAGAAAGAGAGCUGGCCAGUGGGCCAGCUCAACUGCAUAACCUACCAAUGACUUUUCCAGAUUUGGGAGCAACUUUGGCCGUGGGAAUUAUCAGUAAAGUAUAUGAAACACAAUGGACUACUCCCACGCACACAAGGCCUCAGAGCCCAUCUCAACAGCAGACUAGCUUCGAUACACUCACAUCACCACCAGCACCUGGUUCAUCUGUGAAUCCCACCGCUGUAACUAGCCCAAGUGCUUCUAUUGUUGCUGUAGGUGGUGCCGUCGGUGGAGCCUCAUCCACUCAGGCAGCUGUUGACUCGGCCCUAGGUGCUUCAUCAACUGUAACGCCAGCAACAGCUGCUGCGGCCGCCACACCCACUCAACCCGAACUGCCUGUAUUUACAUGUCCUCGCCGUCCAAAUUUGGGCCGUGAAGGCCGGCCCAUUGUACUGCGAGCCAAUCAUUUUCAAGUUAGUAUGCCUCGUGGCUAUGUCCAUCACUAUGACAUCAACAUACAACCGGAUAAAUGUCCACGAAAAGUUAAUCGUGAAAUUAUUGAGACUAUGGUAUCGGCAUAUGGUAAAAUAUUCGGUGUUAUAAAGCCAGUAUUCGAUGGCCGUAAUAAUUUGUAUACACGUGACCCGCUGCCAAUUGGCAAUGAUCGUUUGGAAUUGGAGGUGACGUUGCCGGGUGAGGGUAAGGAUCGUAUAUUCCGUGUCACGAUCAAGUGGAUGGCUCAGGUGUCACUGUUCAAUUUGGAGGAGGCGUUGGAGGGACGUACACGUCAAAUACCCUAUGAUGCCAUUUUGGCCUUGGAUGUAGUAAUGCGGCAUUUACCCAGCAUGACAUAUACACCCGUGGGUAGAAGUUUCUUUAGCUCACCGGAUGGCUACUAUCAUCCGUUGGGUGGUGGUCGUGAGGUAUGGUUUGGUUUCCAUCAAAGUGUACGUCCAUCACAAUGGAAAAUGAUGUUGAAUAUUGAUGUUUCGGCCACGGCUUUCUAUAAAUCCCAACCGGUCAUUGAUUUCAUGUGUGAAGUUUUGGAUAUACGAGAUAUCAAUGAACAGCGUAAACCUCUCACGGAUUCACAACGUGUCAAGUUCACCAAGGAAAUCAAAGGUUUGAAAAUCGAAAUUACCCACUGUGGGCAAAUGCGACGCAAAUAUCGUGUCUGUAAUGUCACAAGAAGGCCAGCACAAAUGCAAUCAUUCCCCCUACAACUUGAAAAUGGCCAAACUGUCGAAUGUACUGUGGCCAAAUAUUUCCUCGAUAAAUAUCGCAUGAAAUUACGUUUCCCCCAUUUGCCAUGUCUGCAGGUGGGCCAGGAGCACAAACACACCUAUUUGCCAUUGGAAGUGUGUCACAUUGUGGCCGGCCAGAGAUGUAUUAAAAAGCUGACCGAUAUGCAAACCUCAACAAUGAUCAAGGCCACAGCACGUUCAGCACCCGAUCGUGAGCGAGAAAUCAAUAAUUUAGUUAAGCGUGCCGAUUUCAACAAUGAUUCCUAUGUACAGGAAUUUGGUCUAACCAUUUCCAAUUCGAUGAUGGAAGUUCGUGGUCGUGUCUUGCCACCACCGAAGCUACAAUAUGGUGGCCGUGUCUCCAGCAUGACGGGACAGCAACUUUUCCCACCACAAAACAAGGUGUCCUUAGCUUCGCCCAAUCAAGGUGUUUGGGAUAUGCGUGGCAAGCAAUUCUUUACCGGUGUUGAGAUAAGAGUUUGGGCCAUUGCCUGUUUUGCUCCCCAACGUACCGUGCGCGAAGAUGCUCUACGUAAUUUUACCCAACAAUUGCAGAAGAUAUCCAACGAUGCGGGUAUGCCAAUUAUAGGCCAGCCAUGUUUUUGUAAAUAUGCCACGGGGCCAGAUCAGGUGGAACCGAUGUUUAAAUAUCUAAAGCAAUCAUUUGCCAGUUUGCAAUUGGUUGUUGUGGUCUUGCCAGGCAAGACACCAGUUUAUGCUGAGGUAAAACGUGUUGGUGACACUGUUUUGGGUAUGGCCACACAAUGUGUCCAAGCAAAGAACGUGAACAAAACAUCACCCCAGACAUUAUCCAAUCUUUGUCUCAAAAUCAAUGUUAAGCUGGGUGGCAUCAACUCCAUUCUUGUACCCUCAAUUAGACCAAAAGUUUUUAAUGAACCCGUCAUCUUUUUGGGUGCUGAUGUCACCCAUCCCCCGGCCGGUGAUAAUAAGAAACCCUCCAUUGCUGCUGUGGUUGGUUCUAUGGAUGCUCAUCCAUCACGUUAUGCGGCCACGGUGCGUGUCCAACAACAUCGUCAGGAAAUCAUCCAAGAACUCUCGAGUAUGGUUCGUGAACUAUUGAUUAUGUUCUAUAAAUCGACUGGUGGCUAUAAACCACAUCGUAUCAUUUUAUAUCGUGAUGGUGUUUCGGAGGGUCAAUUCCCUCACGUGCUACAGCAUGAGCUGACAGCAAUUCGUGAGGCGUGCAUUAAAUUAGAGGCUGAAUACCGUCCAGGUAUUACAUUUAUUGUUGUACAAAAACGGCAUCAUACCAGACUGUUCUGUGCCGAGAAAAAGGAACAAAGUGGUAAAUCGGGUAAUAUACCAGCGGGUACAACUGUCGAUGUUGGCAUAACACAUCCCACAGAAUUCGAUUUCUAUUUGUGCAGUCAUCAAGGUAUUCAGGGUACCAGUAGACCAUCACAUUAUCAUGUCCUAUGGGAUGACAAUCACUUCGAUUCGGAUGAGCUACAAUGUUUAACAUAUCAAUUGUGUCACACUUAUGUCCGUUGUACCCGUUCUGUUUCGAUACCUGCGCCAGCUUAUUAUGCUCAUUUGGUAGCUUUUAGAGCAAGAUAUCAUUUAGUUGAAAAGGAACAUGACUCUGGUGAAGGUUCCCAUCAAAGUGGCUGCUCUGAGGAUCGUACACCCGGAGCAAUGGCUCGUGCCAUUACUGUACAUGCGGAUACCAAAAAGGUUAUGUACUUUGCCUAA